UGAAUUUUGUUAUUUCACUCCUUCUUUUCUUGAAAGAAGAGAAUUCUUCAGUAGGGAAAUAACUGCCAUGUCAGUUAACGGCAUCUUAAACGCAUUUUGUAUUGCAUCAGGAAUUUUGUUCGCGUCAAAGCUAUGUUCGUCGGUUGCCGGUGUCGUUUCGGACGAAGACUGUUUAUCACGAGGACGGAACUGUACUUGGUGCUUAAGCGAUGGAAACUGUGGGUUUUGCGAUCGAUGCGGAGAUCAUUGUCAUAAACCAGGGGCGAUUCAUUCACUGGAAAACUGUACGAACUGUGCGUCUUGUAUUCCGGGAAACCUCGCUGGAUCAAAAAAUAAAGGACAUGAAUGUCGCGCGGAAUGGUGAGUAUUUUACAGCAUAACAAACGGACGAGUCUCCCUUCGCUUGGCUUCUAGAUCAAGAUAAAUAAAGUUACCCUCAUGCCCCAUAUCUAUUUCACGCGGUACUAGAAUGUCGUUUAUGGGCUUUUUUAUAGUCAUUGCAAAUGAAAUAUCAUGAUGUUAUUGACAAGCUUUCGUAUGAAAAGAUGGCGUGUUCUUUUCACAAUAAGGCCUUUCGCCUUUACCCGUCAAUGUGCGAUUUUUAAAUUGUCCUCCAGAAGUUAAAAGAUAAUUUUAGAGCUCUCUCUUUCACAAUUUUUAAGUAACAUUCCUUUAGCUCCGAAAAAAAGGCUGCUUCAGUUUAGUCAGUUUACAUGACCGAUUUUGUAUCGGUUUUGACAGACAUUUAUCAACAAAGGCAAUUCGAUUUACUAUCGUUAUAUUUCAUUGCUGCGAGAGUUCAUCUCAACAAACCCGUCGUCCCUUGUUGAUUUUUUUUUAUGAAAAUAACUUUGUGUAAUUAUUCAAAAUUGGAAGGUUUCAUUUUCGCCCGUCUUUCAAGGAAGGGAAAUUAUUAUUAUCAUGAACGUCAUGAUUUCAUUGAAAAGGGAAAUUAUACUGAAAAACCUUCGUUCAAAAGGAGAGGCCCCAGUCUGCAUUAUCGCGGACACCUCCCCCACUGGGCAGAAUAAAUUGUUGCUUCACUCCAGAUGAUUUGUGGGUACUCUAGUCUUUUUAAAAAAAUUCUCGAGAGGAUAUGAAAUGGUUUAAAAUGGAAGUACUUUUCAUGGGUUGGAGCUCAUCACCCAUUUGGUUUUAAUUGAAGAGACUGGGGCAUUGUAAUUAUGAAUUGAUUGGUAAUAUUUCUGAAGAUUAAUGUGCCGCCAUCUUAUAACUGCACAAGAAAGUGUUUUAUUACCUCUUGCAAAUAUUGGGGGGCUAGGUUUGGGUGGUAAACACAGGAACAAUCACAUGGCAGACGCGGAUAUAGGAUGAAUAGUGCCGAAGGCACAAGCUUCUAGGGGGGUCUGGGGGAAAUUUUUCGGAUUUUAACUCCCUAAACCCUUUACUGAAUUUCUGAGUUGCGGUAGACUAGUUUGUUAGUAUGACAGCGACAAGUCGGAUUUUCUUGCUGAAAGGACCGAGAGCCUGAGCUUACUACCCUAUCCCCCUUGCUAAUUUCCACCAAUCAGAAUUGUUAAUACUUUUAACCAGGUAUUAUUACGAAAAAUGUCCUGAAGUUGUCAGCGAACAGAAGACAGUAUACGUGGAAAUAGCUCUUUAUCUUAUAAAUCUCCAUUCAGUGGAUCUGAAGGCUGGAACCUUUCAUGCAGACUUCUAUCUGUACUUCAAAGGUAUGUAAAAAACGUUAUUGUAGAAGGCCCAUGGUUUGGCCAUCUUCCUGUUUUUCACUUUUAAUUGUUGAGAGGUGCCUCCUAGGCUUAUAAAAAUGACAUACUGUAAACCGUUGCUUACAAGCACUGAGGAAGCUCUCCGGGGCGCUUUAGCGGGAGGGCGGGAAAAGGAAGGAGAGCUUGCAACUACGUCUCUGGAAUUUGAAUUCCGCUUCCAAUUCCCUGUGGCUCCCCUUCGACUGAGCUGUCAAAUUUCCACCAAUCAGCACGAAGCGGAAAAGAGCGCGAAAAACACGGGCCAAGCGUUAUGACGUCAUUACUAAUGCCAUCUCCGCCAAUCAGCAUUUCGCAUGGACUUUUUCGAUGCAGAAUCAAAUUCUAGAGACGUGCAAGCUGUACCUCCUUUUCCCGCCCCGCUGCCAGAGUACCCCGCAGGGCUUGCUCGCAGGUUCGCAGGCUACCUGACUGGUUUGUGAGCUAGGAACUGUGCUUCUAUUCAAUAGGUUUUGGAAAGUUAUCAGGCCUUCCGAGAAACGAGAAACAAAACAUUGCGGACUUACAUAUUUUUGAGUCAACUUAACGUGAUCACUUAUCACUUUUGAAUUAGUACGUUUGUCAUAACCAGUAACGGUCAGUUUUUAAAAUGUAUGUUAACCAGCAUACGAAACUCCAAAUCCAACUUUACAGUGUCUGGAUAUUCGAUCGAAUGAAACGCUUCUUGUGUCAGUCUUAUCUAUCGCAUUAGCAUACUACCUAUCAGAUAUUCGCAACAUGUAAUAACGCCCAGCAGAUAUCUUUCCAAGAUAUCCAGAGGUUAUCUGACGCUUGACUCUUUUUUUAGUUCCUGAAGGACAGACCAUGUAUACAAAACAAAAAUGUCAUGAUGGCCUUAAAGGAGCUUGCUUUGAACUGGUUAAUGCUGCAGGACAAGCAGAGGUUAGCAAAUCAACUAAAAAGUAACUCACUAUCAGUAAAAGACAGUUAGCACUUGCCCAAGUCGACGACAAAAUUUAUUGAGACCUCUCCCCCAUCCCUUCACACAAAUUUGGGUUGUUUGAUUUGUUCCUACGGGCAGCCUGAACGCGUCAAAACAUUAUUUAAAGGGAUCGAGGGGAGGAAAACCUUCACCUACCCUUUUGGAGUAGGCAGUGACAGCAAAGAGCGAACUGUCUCAACUAAUUUUGUCUCCAAUUACUCAUUAGCGUUUCAGUAAACGAUAUAGGUGUUAUUCGUAACGCAACCUUAGAUCACCGCUCAUUGACAUGACUUUUUUUGCAAAAACGGUUUUAUCUGGCUGAUUACAAAAAUUUUCGUAGCUUUGAACUUAUAAACAAGCUCCCCUUAAGUGUCAAGAGGGUGGGAGAUGGGAUGAAGUUCUGGCUACCAAAAAAGGCCUUUUUUAAUCUUUCUGUAAUAUUUCUAACUGCAGUUAAAUAUUGCAACUCAUUAUCAUCUAUGUUCGUCUAGGUAUCCAGUCACGAGGGCAAAUAUUUUAGAGUGAAAUCAGCUUUUAACUUUGCAGCAGAUCUUCAAGACUAUCCGUAAGUGGGGCGAUUAAAAUGUGCUGUUUCUGUUUUUCAAAACCUACACCGUAAUUUUUAGGGAGUUAUUAUAACUCCAAAAAUGGAGUAAAAAUUUUAGGUACAGGAUAACCCCAUUUUUGGGGUUAUUUUAACUCCUAAUUUAACUCCGAAUUUGGGGUCAUUUUUACUCCUGAAAAAGAGUUCUUUUUACUCCCAGUCUGGAGUUCAGAUUACUCCGAAAUGGGGUUACUUGUACUCCUUACAUGGGUUGUUUUUACUCUUUUUGGAGUUAAUUUAACUCUGAAAGUGGAGUAAAAAUUUUAGGUACAGGAUAACUCCUUUUUUGGGGUUGUUUUAACUCCUCAAUAUCUGGGGUCUCUUUUACUCCUGAAAAAGAGUUCUUUAAACUCCUUUUUGGAGUUAAAAUAACUCCACGAAAAAUAACUCCACUGUCAGGAGUUAAAUUAGCCCCACUAGAGGAGUUAUUAUAACUCCGUGAAAAUUACAGUGUAUGUUGGACAAACAAAGUUCUGAAUUUUUCAUUUUAUUUUUUCGUAGAUAUGAUAACCAGACCUUGAAAAUUGUCAUUCAAGACAUGGAAAUGACAGCAAAAGAACUCAGAUGGAAAGUAAUGAAGGUAAAACUUGAGUUCACGAAGUUGUACAAAAUGUUCGCCCCUCUGUCUCUACUCCAAACUGCGUCUCCGGUAUUAAACUUUAUUGUUUCCAGUUGUUCAAAAUACUUAGACUAACAAAGUCAUAUCUCUCCUAGCAAUACAUCUAAAAAUUAAUUACAUUGACCAGGGAUCUCAGGAAGCUGUCUUCAGCCUUUCUGGGGAGAUCCCCUCUAGUACAGAAACAGGCGCAGGACGCAUAAUGCGACGACCGCAACAAGACACAAGACAGUCCUACUGGGUGUGGGGAUUUUAAGAAGGGAAACAAAAAGCCGUUUCCAUUUAGUAGGGGGUGGCCCGAAAUUAAGAACGAAGUGAAAAAAGAAACGGCCCCUCUAUCUGGAACAUGCAAGGCUCAAACACGUGUCCGAAAUGUUACGCGGAUCAGAAUAAAAACGGAAAAAUUUACGCACUAUUUGUCAAGACGAAUUGAACUAGCAUCUUUCGGUAUCUGAGACAGAGAGCUUAGCAAGUACAAUAAUUCUUCCCUCCUUAAUUUCUACACCACGCCAACUGAAAGGAACACGCAUAACUGGCCAAGACGGAGAGAAUUUCUCUGAAAUGAAAACUGCCAAUGUUCCACUCUUAGACCGGCCUCACAUAUGUCAAAUUAGACUUUCUCAAAGUUCUUCGCUUCUCGUUUCCAGUCCCGGUAGUAGGCCCCGACGCUCCUCCUCUCUCGCUCGCUUUGCCACCGAAAACAUAAAAAAUUUCUAACUCGCGCUUGAGCACGAGAAAAGUUUUCAGCUCGACUUGUGGGCAAGUCUAGGGUCAAAUUAAAACGGGAAAGAAUCCGAGAAAGAAAUAAAACAACUGUACUGAAUGCUUCCGUUUGAUUUCAGCCUGCUGACUUCAGUGAUUUUAAGUUCCGCGGAGGAGUGUCUCCAACACUUAACUACACAGGAUGGCUGUUCGAUACCAAUUCUUGGUCACAAAUGGUUUAUGAAAGGUACGCGAACAUACAGCAAAAGUUCAUGAGGGCUCUACUCUCAAGUUUGAUUUCCUCCAUGUAGUCGUGUGAAUCACUUCUAUUCUGUUGGACAAUUGCAUCAUUCGAAAGGUUCUGAGGAUUAAAUGCUUACAUUGCUGGAACAUUGUUCCAACAGUUACAACGCUGUUCCAACAUUGUUACCAUAAAAAUCAUCCCUUGCUAAUCGUCAAGUGCGGACAUCACCUUAAAAUAUACAAUAACUUUCGUUCCUCCGUACGUAACAGAUGAGGCUAACUCUCACACCAUUUACUCAUUUCAGAUAUAACCCAUUUUUGGACCAGGGUGUGUCACGUUACGAGUUUCUCUUUCACAUGAGGAGACACAAACGAGCAGCAUUUUUCAAGAUAUUUUUACCUCCGUUGUUCAUAGCGCUAGUGGUAAGUACAAGUCAACGGAAAAUAGGCCUUUUGCAUUGGUUGAUCAAGUGAUCAACUUUCGGUAAAAACGAAACGGGGCAAUUGUAAACAUUUACACGUGCGCUGUUUGGCGCGUGGGGCACGUGCAAGUUUGAAAACAAAUGCAUGCAAUUACUCGCUUGUGCGUUAUAAAUAAAACGAAUAGAAAAACAUACGCGUAUCUUAAUAGAAAAAUUUACAAGGCGGAUAAUCAUGGAAUUAAUGAGAUUUUUCCUUUUUUUGUCAAGAAUAACUUUUUUCAUUUAUAGUUCACUUAUUCCGGAUUAACUUUCUAUUUUAUACGUAACCCCUUUCUCUUUGAAGGUAUGUUUUUCAUUUUCUAUUCCACCGAAUGACGCCUCCAUGAGACUUUGGAUUGAUGGGUGAGUCUUGAUUUCAUUUUUAUUGUACGUUAUAUUCCUAAUGACUGGUUAUAAAGACAUAAUCGUUUUCGCAGCGUGGGCUUGAAUCGUCUCCGUCGAAAUAAAAAUGGAGGGGUUUUUUUUGUAAAAUCGCAUUACGUAGGGACCCCGCAAAUCUUGUUGUUAUUGUUGUUGCUUUUGUUAGACUAUAUGAAGAUCACUUUACUGACAGACAUCAUGUAGUCAUUUGCAAGGGUUAAUUGUUUGAAAAUAUUUAUCGGUCUGUUCUUUUGGUUUUCAGUUCGCUAUUAGUUUCUGCCGUUAUGUUCCAUGCAAGUGUUAGUGAACAAACUCCAGAUACGCCGGUGAGUCUUGCCGUUUGACUUGUACAGCGUACCAACCUAGCUUGUCAGCUUAGCUAGAAAUCUAUAGUACAUGAAGAUUAUCCGCUUACGAAUCUAGCUGUGGCUGGUAAUAUUCAAUCAUUUUCGCAUCCAUAAAAAAAUAGGUCAUAUUGCUACACUGUAUUCUAAACGCUCCCUUUUUAUUUAAUCUUUUUUGCAGGAGUUAACAUUAGCUGAUCGAUUCAUGGUUGGAGUUUAUAGUUUUAUCUUCGCAUCGUUUAUAGUGACAAUAGUUAUGUUGAGACUUCAACGAGAAAACUAUUAUUACUUGGCAGAUAUUUUUUAUAGCUACACAGAAUGGCUGGUAAGCUGAAGUUAUUUUCUUUCCCUUGGAAGCGUAUUAACACUUUUGGCUCUGUUUGUGGUUGUAUGUGUGUUGUUUUUUCGUUUACCGUUUUCUUUUAACUUUUCAUCUGUAAAAUUAAUGCUACACAACUACGCAACUCUUCUACUCUCAGUAAUUGACAUUCAGGUCAAGGAAAUUUUGCGACCCUGUUCGACCCGCCGGUCUAGACCUCGCGCUAUACAUUCAUAACAUAUCAAAUGUUGAGAGAAUAUUGAGAGAAAAGGGCCAUUACACAUAGCGCAUUUUGCCUGAAAUAAGACUCGACUAAGCCCAGACACGUCUUAUCUAUGAAGAGCCCAUAACAUCUGUUCUUACGGAAGACGAAGACGACUUUGUAUAAACGACCUUUAGCUUCUGCUUUAUCUUAUGUCUGUUUUGUUGUUUUCCAGGUUUGGUUCACAGCACCUACAUUCUUUUUCUUCCUUUACUACAUGAACUUAUCUCUGUACCACGUGUUAUUGUAUGAACUACUAGCAGCUUUUUUGUCCCUCACACUAAACAAAUUUUUUUCCCGCCUCAAGUAAGUACAGAAACUGCAAGGCCAGGGGAAUGGAUACAAGCUUUCGGCGCAACGGGUUUUGGGAUCGUUUGGUGGACACGCGUUCGUUCUGAUUGGUUAAUUGUUUCCUUGAAUACCAUCGACCAAUCAUAACUAACUUUUGUCCACCCAAAUGAUUUAAGGAAUCACUGCACUCAAAGCUUGUACCCAUUCCCCUUAUAAUCUCAGUGGGGAACACGGCAGAGGACAAAGAGGAUAGUAAGCACGUGACUCUGCCUAGUCUCCUGUUCUUUGCACCCGGUGCAAAUUGACACUGGAUUGGCCAUGGUCAUGCUUUCCCGCGUAUUUUCGCCCCAGGCCGUAGACAUGUGCGUGUUUUUCCCGCGCUUAUCCUCUCUUGUUUUCCCGCUUGGCAAGAGUUCACCAUGUGAUUGUUAUUCGGUUACUGGAACAAUUUAAAAAUGAUACUUUCUCUUCAAAGGAAGAAUAUCAAAAACGCUGAAUCCUCAUAAAAUCCUUAAAUAAUUCGAGGAAAACCACCACUCAAUUGAACUCCGUUAUAAACAUGCAAGAAAACCUGGUGAACCUUGCAGUUGAAUCCAAAGAGGAUUCUCGUCUACGUUUUAAUGCUUCAUAAAAGCUGUGCGAUAACUGGUUAGGCAAUGCUUUUUCAUGUAGACAUGUCCCAAUUAAGUAAUGAUGGGUAACCCAGUCUUUCUCUAAAAAACAUAGUAUUCUUGAAAGUACAGGUUUAGCCUUGUAUUUCAAGAGAAUCCCCUUGUUACAAAAGCGAGCUAGUUGAGAACUCGGAAACGGCCUAUUUGUACACUGCAGUAUUAAUCUAGAGAAUUUUCCGGCAAUGAUCUGUUGCUAAAAUUGACUAAAUCUAUUGCUUAUGUCGAUUUUUCCAGAUCUCGUUUAUUUAGGCUUCUCAAGUUUGACAGAUUAGCUGAUACAAGUUGUAAAUCGCCUUUGGACGAAACAGUGGCUUGUAAUUCGCGAAACGAUGGUUACUUUCAACUAACGCAAGAUGAAGUGAGUAAAAAAUAGUAUUUAAACUUCUAUCAAUAAAUAUCAAGUUAUUGUCAGCAGUUUAACUACUAACAAUGUUCAAACCAAAUUCAAAGAAAAAAAUCUACCAAAUUAGCCUGAGAAAACUCGCCGACAUUUCGCGACGCGACCACUGGUUUCCCUGUGAAAUGACGUCUAAGAAACGAGCGUAGAAAUCAUCCCCAUACUGAUGACGUGUCACUACCCAGAUAUGGGUGGUGCUUCUAAUUGGCUAAAAAUUUUCUUCAACCAAUCAGAAGCACUACCCAGAUCUAGGUAGUGACGCGUCAUCAGUAUGGAACUUCUGAGCUCGCUUCUCAGGCGUCAUUUGGCGGGGAAACCACUGGUAGCGUCGCCAAAUGUCGGCUGUUUUGUCAGGCUACUACCAAAUUUAAGUGUGCACAAAAAAAAAAAGACAGAUGAAAAACAAAUGGUACCAUGUGAAAGUACUGCUGAACACUUUUCUUUUAAAAGGCCACAAUGCCGUCCACGGAAUCCAAAGACAGAACAACGUCUUGUAUAGCGAUACUCAUGCUAACAUCAACUAUUGAUAUUACAUGAAAUAUACUAACCAGAAGCGCACUGGCGUUGCUUUCUGGAUUUUCUUGGCAUAAGCUAAAGCUAAAAAAGAAAAAUUUUUUUAGAACGUGUGCAAUUUUCACAAUUCUAGUUUUUUUCCUCUCGAGUCUUGUUGCAAAUACAUAGUUGACGUAGUAAAGAUAAUCUAUAUUUACUUAUUUCAUAAUGUUUAGCUGUGACCAAAUAACUGAUUAUUCAUCCAAUUAUUGAUUCACAGGAGACAGAGCUUUCCUUGCGAUCUGCUGCAUGCAAACCGUGUUUCCCUGGCAACCGCGAUAACUCUUGCGAGACACCUUGUCCAAAACAACAACCCACACCAAACAAGAAAGCAUAGGACUGGACUACUGCGUAUGGACAAAAGAUUUAACCUCUCCUGUCGGGGAAUUCUCAAAGACAAAACCCUGAUUUCACUAUCUAACUCGAAUUUCCAAAUUUAAAAAACACGGAUUCUUGUAUACCUAUUCCUAUGUUUUAGAUAAUUGAAACUGG